CACAGUUCCGUAAAGGUAAUUACAGUGAAUAGUUUUGGCUGAAAUUGUUGCCCGCUUGGCAAUCCCUCAAAUGUUUCCUCCGCAAUUGCUGAGAUAUCUAACUGCGACGGUUCAGCGCCCAAUCUUGGACCCAACCAAAAGACAAAACAAAGGAGGCCUGAACAAAGACCGGCAUAGGUAAGCCACGUCUCGCGGAUGCCGCAUGAGCCACUUCUCCCUGCCGAUCCUCAAGGGAGAACAGAUGAUAUUGAGACUGCUGGUGGCUUUGCGUGUCCCUGAAUCUCAACACCAAACCGCAAAAUAGAAUUGUCUCGACCACGGUCCUCAACUCAUGCCAGAUUCGCGAUUGACGGCCUUUUGGAAGUGAGCCUAGUGCUUUGGUCGGUACGCUACUGGCUGUGAUCCUACUCACCCAUGUCCCAGCAAAGUGGCUGACUUAUCGUUCAAGGUGCAUCAAUGGUCUGUCUUCAAUAUUUCGUCUUCAACCUACGACUAGAAGCAAGGCAAAUGUCACCACGCCAACAAAACUUUGAGCUCUGUUCUCUGAGCUCAUAUUUCCUCAUCAUUUCCCUACCUUUAAUAUGCAGGUUUCAAUUCUCCCUCACAUUUGACCUUGAAAAUGCCAAAAUGUGACGUAGGACCUUAGCUUCAGCAGUGGAGAAGGACGAGC